UUCCCUUUUUCAACAUUUUCAGCUAUUUGUUACUUUCAAACAUUGUUUGUUUUAUUCUAAAUCCAAGAGAUUAUCAAUUCCCCCAUCACAUGUUUAGAAUAUAGCAGAGAGAGAGAGGGGCAAAGAGCAAAAGGGAAAGUUAUUGGGUUUUGUAAACACUAUAUAUAAGUUAUAGUGUAAUAGCUUCCAAAAAUAGAGAGAGAAAAAAACAUUCUUGCUCCUCACAAAGAUCAUCAUCAUCUUUCUAUAUAUAUAUAUAUUGGAUCAUCAUCUUGGUACUAAUAGUAAUAAGUAGGAGUUAUUAUUAUGAUGUCAACAACAACAACUUCACAAACUAUGGUUAAUAACCAAAGCUUAUUUGGGGAGCAAGAUCAUCAUGAUAAUGAGAAUAUGGCUACAGAAAUGGGAUUUCUUCCUCUUCUACCAACAAACAUGAUCUUCCCUACUUCUCCUUUGGGAUGCAAUCAACAACAACCCUGCUACUCGUUAUUGAAACCCUUCUCUUCCAUAUUAUCUCCAAAUUCACUUGCAUCUGAUCAAGCUGAUUCAACAUCAAACCUAACCGCUGAAACCCUACUCGCAACUGAUGCGCAACAAAAAUCAGGAUUGGACCUCACCUCUACAACUUUUCUUGGACCUCAGUUCCUAUCUUUGAACAGAUCCACUAUAAGUAAUCCAUGGGCAACGGGAGAAGUACCUGAUUGCUUCAGCAGUAAAAGAAAUGUAGUAGAUAAUCAUCAUCAUCAUGUGGGGGUUCCUACCAUUAAGAUGAAGAAAAUCAAGGGAAGACGAAAGGUUAGAGAGCCUAGGUUUUGCUUCAAGACUAUGAGCGAUGUAGAUGUCUUGGACGAUGGCUACAAAUGGAGGAAGUACGGUCAAAAAGUGGUCAAGAACACACAGCAUCCCAGAAGCUACUACCGUUGCACACAAGACAAUUGUCGCGUAAAGAAACGUGUGGAGCGCUUAGCUGAGGAUCCAAGAAUGGUGAUAACAACAUACGAAGGAAGACAUGCACACACUCCAUCCAAUGAUGUUGAAGACUCUCAACCUCCCUCUCAACUUACCAACUUCUUCUGGUAGUAGUCAUAUAUAUACGAUGAUCAUCAACACCAACAUCAAAAUUUAUAUAUUUAUAACUUAUAAUAUGAUGAAUGUUGUACGUUGCAUAUUUUUAUAUGUGUAGCUUCCAAAGGGUGUGCUUGGUAGAGAUGAAAUUGGAGUAGGUAGAGAGGGAAUUGGUGAAGAGGCAAAAUUUACCAUAUAAUGUGCAUGUUUUUGGAUUUUAUGGAUGCAUGCACAUGUAUAUAUACUCUUCUCCAUAUAUAUAUA